CCGCGUCACGCGCGUCAUCCGCCAUGGGGCUCGAAAAGAGGACCAUCAAGAUCAUUGUCAUUGUUGUGGUCACCAUCGUCAUUUUCGGAGGCUUAUUGGGGCUCCUACUUGGUCUCUUGUUGUACCCGUAUUAUGUAGUGUUGGAGGUGUGGCCCCGCUCGGUGGAUGACUACAGAUGGGAUCAACCCCUCAUCGAGUUCCGACCUGCGGAUCCAGGCUCCUUCCAUCCUUGGAUCCAGCGUACCAAUGACUUCCUCAGAGUGUACGAAACCAUGGUCCCCGAGAGUCCGCCACGCGCGCCUUGCACCACUCGCGAGCGCAUGCAUACAAUGCCUCGCCCCCCGGACUGCGACCAGGCUAUGAGGAGAUGGGACCCGUGUACCAUCGACAUGGGAUACGGGUACCCUAUGGGUACCCCAUGUGUAUUCCUUCGACUGUCUCACGUGAACUACUGGACACCGCAUCCUUACAACUACUCAAUGAAUCUGCACAUCCCGCCUGAGAUGCCUAAGCACAUAAGAGAUGGAAUGGCUGCAGCUAAUGGCAUGGACUACAUCUGGGUAUCCUGUCAAGGAGAAUUUGGCGCAGACAAGGAAAACAUCGGUCCAAUCCACUACAUCACCGGUGGCCUGCCUCCAGGGUUCCCUCUGAGCCGUCUCCACACAGCUGACAGGAUACCGUAUGCCAGUAGACAUCUGCCAGAGAAGGAUCCUGGACCGCUGGUCGGCGUGUUCUUUAAGGAGCCUAGACGUGGCGUGGUGAUCAACGUCGAGUGCCGAAUCUGGGCGCGGGACAUCUACUACGACGGGACUGGACGCACUGGGCGAGCUCGCUUCGAAAUCUUCGUCGAGUAAAUGUUUGAAGAUGCC